UGCGAGAAAUCGAGGUAAGAGGCAGGGCUGCGCCUGAAACUUUGUGACCGUUGUUCUUCCUCUCUACAGGUCCAGUUGACUUUGCUCUUCCCCGUGUUGUAAUCGAUGCUGGCAUCUCACAACACUGUUCUUCAAUCGCGAGCGCCCCCCAUACCCAAGUUGCGGAGGUACUCUGACCAUCAUCGUCGAAAUGAGAAUCGGACCAGCGUCGGAGGACUCACUUGAGCCUGGAUGCACUCUCACGUUCUUUGACUGCCUUUCGCCGUCGAAGAGAGAUAGUGAGGGCGAUAGGGUAGUGCCUCCACAAGGCGUCGAGCGUGAGAUGCAAAUCAUGUAUCAACAGCCUCACCUGGUUCCCCCCAUGAAACUCACCGUUUACGAUGGCUUGCCGACAACUCCUACCCCGCUACCUCCCUCACAACUCUCGCAAUGGGUUUCUCAGAGCAAAGCCUCUCUCAAAUCGGGACUAUCCUUGCGCAAGCACACCUCCACACUGCUGAGCAUAUCCAGCCCUCGUCCGACGAUGCCUUCCACCAACGACUUACCACUUCGCCGUGCAGCGCACGAGUUCAGACCUCUGGAGCUUAGUAUCUACAUGCCCAACAAUCGACUGUCGGAAUUGCCAGAGUUUGACCGAUUGAGCUUUACCGAUGUUGGCGAAAUCAAGCUGCCACCCCGAGCUGUGCUUCGGACGCAGUCUGAACACUUCGUUCCUCAUAAGGUGUCAAUGAUGCCAGCACCAGUCAAGCCCGCAUCAAUGAUCGAGCAACGCCGAAUGUCUCGUGUGCGACCCGAUACCUCAUCGACUGUCAUCGCCACAUCUCGGCCUCCUUCAGAAUACGAUGCUCUUCAUUCACAUCCGGUGUCUUGGGCUUCCCUCCCAGGGUUGCCGCCUCCUAUCUACGCCAGAGGUCGUUCUGAACCAUCCGUCGCUAUCCUCACGCCUAUGCAAGAGGAGUUCAGUCCGCCCGUCUCAUCGGUCACCAUUGAUGGAGUCGCGCUUGCUUUCCCUAAGGAUGACGAUCAAGAACCUCCCUUGGCUCCUCAUUCCGAACGGCCAUCUUCCGAAUUGCAAGCCUCAGCUCCGUUCGUACCUGCAUCCUCCUCCAGGAACUUCUCCAAACCAACCGAGAACACCACUGCAGCUGCUUAUUUCCACCAUAAUUAUCAGACACAAAAGCAAAUAUCUCAUUGGCUGGCACAUCGAAAUUCGUCUUCGAUCAGUACCACAAAGUCAUCCUCAACCUCAUCCUCUUUCGCCGAACACCGUAGGAAGCGCUCUCAAUUCUACCAAUUAUCUCCCCCAACGCCAAAGCCUCUGCAAUUUCCUCCUGCUCAACAUCAAAGGACCAUGACGGAGUCGACUGUUGCAAGCACGGUGGAGAGCGAUGUCUUGUCUUUCGAAUAUCAAAAUCCAACGGACGCCAGUGUGACUACAGCAGAUUCCCAGAUCCGAAGUGGUACUACUAAAGGCACUUCUAAAGGCUUGCGGCCGAUCGCGAGUGGCAUCCCGGAUGUGCCACCGAGUUAUGCCGAGCUCCUGAAAGGAGAAGAUAAAGUAAUCAUACAGGAGAUUGGUGGACCAUUGCGGAGUCCUGGUGUCGGCGUUGCUUUUUGAUUGUCUAAAGAGCCCGGUUGCUCUGAAGAAGUUCUUUCUUGGUAAUGAUACCCCUUAUCCUCGAAUUGGGUCAGCUGGUCGACUCCUGCGAGAAACUUUCCAGUGAAGUGCACUUUUUCGCCGCCGUCACGCGGCACGAUACCCUUAUUGUUUUGACAAAAGUUGAAGACGUACACUCUUUUGUCUAACAUGGACUCGGGGACCAGACCUCGAGCGUUGGCACUUGGGAGAUGUAUUGGUUCCUAGUUGUUACUUUGAAGAUUGGCAAGACGUCGAAUUGGAAUGAGAUAG